UAUAACUUAUAAAUGGACACAUUAAAGAAUUUAGCAAAUAAUCUUACAAAUAGAGAAUAGAAUAAUACUACAAGUGGUAAAGUAGUUCCAUUGGAAGAGAAAGAUAAAGAACCAUUAUCAGGAAAAGGAGCUUUAUUUAAGUAAUAUAAAUUUAGGAUUAUGAAGUAUGGCUGAUGAAUUACAGAUGGCAGCAAGUAAAGGAAUUUAAAAACUAAAAUAAUCUGUAGAUAAUGCAAAAGCAGAUGUAAAAUAAGGUUUUAGUUAAUUGGAUGAUAAGUAAUAGAUAGAUUGAAUAUAAUGUAGAUUAAAGUUGAUGUUGAAGUAAUAUACUCAUUAAAUAAAUUUAUGGGCAAGAUCAAAGGUGUUAUCAUCAGUAAUAAUAGUGAUUGAGAAAUUUAGACCAUCAGUUAAAGAAAGUCUUAAAGAUCCUGAUAUGUGUUAAUGUGUUAAAAAUUUAGUAUCUAGAAAUAUAUAUUGAUUAAUAGAUUGAUGAUACUGUAGAUGCAACAUGGCCAGAAAUAGUAGAUGAAGUUAAAUAUCAAUUAAUGUUGAAAAUGGCAGAUCCUUAUACAGAAAUAGAAGAAAAGUAAUAAACUAUUGCUUGUUUAUAUCCUUUUAUUUGGAUAAGGAAUUGGUAUCUCUAUUCAAAUUAUCCAUAUGACAGGAGUGUUUGGAAAUAAUAUAAAACAAUGUAUUUAUAAUACUUAAUUAAAUUAUAUUAGUUCUUAUUGGUUUUGGUAUUUAGUAUCAGCUAUCCCAUUUUAUGGUAUUUCAUAAUAUUUUUAUGUUUUGGAUUUUAUAAUGAUUGAUAAAGGAGAUGAAUAUUAAUUAGUAAAAUUCAUUUUAAGUUUUAAAACGUAAAUUAUAAUAAUAAUAUAAUAGAAUGUUCUUUAUAACUUAAGGUGUGAUGAAAGCCUUGAUUGGUUAUUUUAUGCUUUAUGCUUGUACAACAAUGAAUUAUAUUGAUAAUACUUAUUAAGAAGAUUGUACUAGAAAAGGUCCAGGAGCAAGCAUAGAAGUUUUUUCAGAAGUUAUAGGAUAAGCUGCAUAAGUAGUUUUAAUUUGGUUAGCCUUUUUUUUAUUGGCAUGUUCUAAAUAAAAAGGAAAACCUGUAUUUUAAUAUGAUGAUACUCCAUAAAUUUAAGAAGGAUGUUUUGAAAGAGGUGGACGAUUAAAAUAUUUUAUGAUUUGGGAUAUUUUUGCAUUAGGAGCUAGUAUUGGAUUAUUUUGGUUAGUUUAUUUAACUUAAAACACUAAACCUAAUUUUGAUAAUUCAGGAGAUUUUGUAAUUUUUUAUGAAUUUAUUAAAAUAGAUUUAUUUUACUGAAAUUUGUUAUGGUUUACUCAGUUUUCCAUUUUUAAUAUUUAAUAUUCCAUUUGUUAAUGGAAGAUUAACCAAAGCUAAAGAAACUGCAUAUGAUAGAAAAGGAAAUUGUUUACCUGCUAUUGAUGGAUUAAGAAAAUAAAUAAAAACUAAUCAAGAAGAAGAAACCAAUCUUUUAUUAAAUACACUUACAAUUGAUGUUGGAGAAGUUUUUGAUGGGUGA